GAGCCGUUUCCAUCCCUAUGAUCAGGCGAGCUCGAGCAUGAGUCCACUAGUCCACUCCACCUCCCCCCUCGUUUCUCAGCUUAACCGCACCCCGCACCGCACGUACACACGCCCACGCCUCCUUGGAUCCGCACGGGAGCACAGCUGCACGCAUCUCGCCCUCGCCCUCGCCUCGCCUCGUACCAUCCGACGCGCCGCGCCGCGCCGCGCCGAGGAGGCGGAGGCGCGAUGCCGUCCGCGAUCGCGGCGUGCUUCCGCUGCGCGCCGUCCGCGGCGGCGGCGGCGUCGGCGGCGUCCGGCCCCGCGGGGCCCAGCCUGGCGACCUCCGUCUACGAGACCCACCUCGGCCUCGCCGCGCUGUCCUGGACGCGCACCUCCCUCGGCCUAUCCCUCCGCGCCGUGCUCCGCCUCUCGUCCCCGGCCACCGCGGCGUCUGUGGGGACGUGCUUCGACGAGGACGCCGACGAGGAGACCCUGGCCUUCCGCGUCCGCCCCUGGCUCCUCUGGCGGCGGCGCGGGACGAGGCGGUUCCGCGCCGCCGGGGACCGACGCGUCGACCUGGCGUGGGACCUCACCCGCGCGCGCUUCCCGGGCUCGGGUUCGCCCGAGCCUUCCUCGGGGUUCUUCGUCGCCGUCGUCGUCGACGGCGAGAUGGUCCUCGCCGCGGGGGAUUUGUCAGACGCCGCCUACCGCAGGACGCGGGCAAGGCGCCCCGCCGGCCCGCGCCCCGUGCUGCUCUCCCGGCGCGAGCACGUCGCCAUGCGCGACGCCGGCCGCGGCGGGCGCGGGCACCGGAGCUGGGUGACCGUGCGUGGCAAGGAGCGGGAGAUCUCCGUGGAUCUCGUGUCCCGCGGCCGGGGCAGGGACACGGGGAGCAGCGGCAGCAGCAGCAGGGAGAAGGACAGGGCGGACGUCGGCUUGUCCGUCUCCAUCGACGGGGAGCGCGUGCUUCACGUCCGGCGGUUGCGCUGGAAGUUCCGCGGCAGCGAGCGUGUCGACCUCGGCGGCGGCGACCGUGUCCAGCUCUCCUGGGACCUCCACAACUGGCUCUUCCCCCAACGCGAGCCUCCCACCACGGACGCCGCGGCGCACGCGCACGCGCACGCGGUGUUCGUCUUCCGGUUCGACCUCGGCGGCGGCGGCGAGGAGGCGUCAGAGCACGCCAAGGCUCUCUGCGACAAGGCCCCGAGGAGAGACGCCGCCGGCAUUCUGAGAGGCUACUUCGCGCGGUGGGGGCAAAAGGACUGGAGCGAGACCGGCAGCGAGAGGAGGAAGAGGGGGAGAGGCCGGCGGCUGGCCAAGGCGAGCUCCUCCUCGUCGGCGUCCGUCGCCUCGUCGACGGCGUCGUGGGCCAGCGGCUCCACCGUCAUGGACUGGGCGAGCCCCGAGGAGGCCGAGAUGCAGCGCGGCGAUGGCUUCUCCCUCCUGAUCUACGCAUGGAAAUCAUAGCGGCGACGGCGACAUUGUCCCGUGCACCUGACCAUCUCACGCGACGCCAGCGUCGCUGCCAUCAUCGCCGUCGCGUCGCUCGUCGCCGGCCGCCGACGCCCUCCUCCUCUCCCACUUCGCACUGCCGGCCUCGCAAAGAAGUGAGAGAGAGAA